UCUCGUCCUCGCAAAGAAUCCUCCAAACAGGGAUUCAUCUUUUCGCAUCUUCUCCUUCCCCUCCGGUCUUCUGCUCCGAAAACAACUUUUGAAAAUCCGGGAAUCGCAUUUUUGGAGUUCUGUGUCCCUCCCCCGCAAACGGAAAGCUUUCUGUUAUCGCCACUAUUGAUACAUCGGCUCUUCACAUCUCAAUUUGCGCAACUUGCAUUCUUUGCCUACCGCAGCAUCGCAUACUCUUGAUUCAUACAUAAACCGCCAAAAUGGUUACUCUCACAGAAGUCGAGGACGAGCACUUCCAGCACGCCCACCUGGGCGCCGAGGUGGAGGAUGACGACUUCACUGAUACCGAAUCCGAAAUCUCCAACGAGUCCGACUUUGACCCCUCAGAAGAAACCCUCACCGAACGGCUAUACGCUCUCCGCGACAUCAUCCCCCCCACCACCCGAGGCUGGGUCUCCAGCCGCGUCAACGCCGUCACCAGCGCCGCCUGGAGCGUCCUGUCCUUUGGCGGCAAGGGCGCCUGGGUCAUCACCACCUCUGCGCUGUUCCUCGGUGUUCCGUUUGCGCUGUCCUUUGCCGAGGACCAGCAGCUGACUGCCAUGGAGCAGGAGUACAACAUGCGACAGACUGGCAGCGAGCUGCUUACCGCCGGAACAGAGGGAAGCACAGCGGACCAGAUUGGAGCUGCUCUGGGCCCUGAGCAGACCAAGGCUGCUCUGUGAAGAGGGUGAUACACACGAAAUAAAUUCGAAAAAAAAAAAACAGGAUGUAACAAAAACAAGAGGGAAUGAGAUUUGGGGCGCUCAUGGUGCAAACGUAGGCGCUUGGAACUGGAAAACAACGAUUGGUUCUAAUGUAAUGACUGGCUUACAAUACCAAAUGACGGAGGAGGAUGAUGGGACGAUAUAUGUGGUUAAAGGGGUCCUACACAAAGCAUUGUGGUCUCCCUCUCCAUUCGUGUACAAUACCUUUAAGCAAGGGAAAAGGAUGUUUCUUGCCUGCUGUUGGACGGCUUAUAAUUAGCCGGGAUAUUCCUUUUUGCUAUUACAGCUCGGACGCAGGAAGAGAAGGGCAAGGGAAGCUUGUACGAUUGACGGCCAUCUCAUCUCUGGAACGUGGUAGCAUUCACACGUAUAUGUAUAUUUUGAUUCUUGGCCGUUGGCUAGAACUAUUGAUGACAAUUGCUGAC